AAGAAAUCGCAAAUGGACGAAGAAAAGUGUAGUUUUCUAGCGUCCCUGGUCAAUCGUCGAUUCCUUCAAUGGCUUUCAGACACCGGUAACCUCCGCCAAUUGCGUCAACUAGAGCCAGAAGUUACAGACUGUGAUCACGGCCUAAUUGCUUCAGCACGUCAACCCUCUGCUUCCAAUUCCCAAUUGCUUGAUCAGCUAGAAAACAGUGGCCAUCUUAAACAAAUGCCACGCCGCCGGGCCGUCUCUUCUGAAUCUCCCGGUCAUCUUUUUGGGCCGAUCUCCAAAUAG